UUUGACGAGUACACGCGCGCGCCAUGGAUCUGUUGUGCUCCGUGGCCCUUGAAAAUUGAACUCGAGUAUUAUUUUGUGUUCUGCGGUCACUUCACUUCUCCGAGUUCCUGUGCUUUGUUCUGGGUGAUUCCGGUUGUUAAUUUUCAUCCUUUUCUUCGCGUACGUCGUUGUGGUGAACCGGGUUGUUUGGCAGUAGUAUACAGCUAAUAUAUUCUGAGCCGGGGUGCCCGGUUUCGGACAAAAGAGCUGGUCUGUAACAAAGGACUGCACUUGGAACAAAGAACCUGCUGCUGGGAAUUACCAUCGUUUUUUGACUUCCAUUUUUCGAAGUUUGGAGAUACCAGUCACUGCCCAAAUCCCAGCCAUGUUGCUUAGCACCAAGACAAAGGUGAUUCUGUUGGCUGGUAUUUCGGCUAUGGCCGGUCUGAUUUUGGCAACCAGUUACUUCAAACGACGUAGGCGGGGUAAGAAACAACGGAUUCGGAAACCCCAAUCAGUUCCACUCAGUAACCAGCAUGUCACAAUUAAUACAAAUGGACCUCUGGGGCAGACCAGUCGAAGGGCCCUGAUCACACCACAGAUCGAAUCACCCAAAGGUUUUGCCAGGUUGUCUCGUCUGUCUCGCUCUACAUCCAGGAGGUCCGUCAUCUCGGCCAUUGCCUCCAGGGCCUCCCACUCAAGCAUCAAUGACAGCCUGCACGGGUCAGUCAAUUCUCUGCUCAGCGACGCCGCGUCCAUCAAGAGUGGAGAAAGGACUCCGACCAAUGAAUCAGUGUCUGUACAGAGACUCUUCCAGCUUGGAAUGCAGGCGUUUGAUAACGCAGUCUCCUACUGGGAGGAUGCCGUGGACAUUCGAGUUGUUCAAGACAUUGAAGAAGAAGACAGUAGGGAAGAGAACGAUGUCGAAAGCAGCAAAUCGGAGUUGACACGUUCCUUGGAGAAGCUCUUGUCUAGCGCCUACCACCUCCAGGAGGAAUGUGAAGAUGUCGCUCUCAGCAUUCCCAAUCUGGCCUUCACACCCUCCGAGAUGAGAGACAUUGCCGAGGAAAUCACAAGUAUGAGGAGACAGAGGGAGGCUGACGAGCACUCUACGUCAUCCACUGAAUCUUUUGUCUCAGCAACAGAGCUAGAGGAGUUAGAACAACAGAGCACCUCAUCAGAAGCAACUUCCGCAAGUAGCAGCAAACCCAGACUUAGAAAUGAAAUGUAUGAGAAUGCUCUAUUAGCAGUCAGGGAAGGAGCAGUAGAGUGUCGAAGGAUAAGGACGAAGAUGCUGCAUUGCCGUAGCGAUGAGGACUUCCUUGCCAAGUUGCACUGUGUACGUGUUGCCAUGGCAGUGCUCCUAGAGGACCAGACUAUCUCUGAUUGGUUCGUCACGAUGGGCAAGCAGUUGAUUUCAGAUCUUCUGCUCAAGGCUAAUUAUGAUUCAGAAGAAUUUGGUGAUGCAUAUGAUGAGAUGAUGACCUAUGUGAGGGACCCUCAGAACCACAAGGACAUUGAGAAGGAACUACGGGCGAGAAAGGUUCGGUUCUUGUCCUUCUAUGACAUUGUCUUGGAUUUCCUCCUCUUGGAUGCGUUUGAUGAUCUGGAUGAUCCGCCAAUGUCCGUCACGUGCGUCACCCAGAACCGAUGGCUGUCAAACAGAGUCAAAGAAUCGGCUGUGUCUACAGCUGUUUGGUCAGUCUUGGCAGCAAAACGAAGAAUGCUUCAGAAUCCUCAAGGUUUCUUGUCCAAGGUGUACCAGAUCUCCUACUAUGUAACACCAGCAUUGGCCUGGGGGUUCUUAGGCUCAGACCACCAUCUCAAGCACAUGAUGGAAUUCUUUAAGGAUCAAGUGCUGGGGUUUGCCAGGGACAUGUUCUCUCUGCGCAAGUGUCGUUACAGCACCGUGGCUCAACUGGCAGACGACAUCCUCUUACUAGCAAAGCACUACAGCACAGUAGCAUCUGAGAAACUCGGCACAUGACGGAGGAGCCUUCAAGUUGUGAAUGGCCAAUAGUAAGCACAUGCUAGAGUUACUUUUAUGUUAUCCAAUUGGUAAACAGCCUUGCUAUAGACGGUGUUACACCUAGACUCGGACAUCUCUGAUGUAAAAAUCAAUCAUUAUUUUUGGUUGAAUCCACUUUAAAUUUCACUAUGCACAGAUUGAAGUCGGAAAGGAAACUUCAGCUUUCAAUUUGAGGAGAGACUAUAGACUUGUACACCUGCCUA